GACGGACGGACGGACGGACGGAGGAGGUCUCCUGCAGGGAUUUUUGCUGCCUGGCUAUCACAUCUGCAGAAAGGAAAACAGUGCAGGCCACAAAAACAGCUGUUUGGCUCCAGCAGCUCACCGCUGAGCGCCUUUAAGAACUCCUUUGCCGUGAAAUGUUUGGGAACUCGGGCCAAGUCUCAGGGCGAGCCCAAGAAGAGCUUGCAACCCAAAGUGCGUUUCGUAUACAACUUUUAAUUCCUCACGACGAAAGAGGCUAAUGAGCCCACCCAAUUAAUCGAGGACCAGGAGCAGGGGUCCACAUCCCACGCCGAGGGACCCAGGGAGGUAUACCGGCCCCUCCGUUGUGCCCCGACAAUUGACCACCUAGCGGCGGCCACAGGGACCCCUGACUGGCAGUCAUUGGAUUGAAUCAGUACCUGACCCGAGUGGUGUGGUGGAUUUCAAAUCUGGGAGGACUGCCUGGCGCCACUGCCUUAAGAUAAGUGUGCGGCGAGGCCUCUGGAAAUCUAUGUCAAGGCCGGUGAGAUGGUGGUGCUGGAGUGUUCUAAACGGGCAGGAUCUCAUCAUGAGCGCGGUGCAGUAACGUGGACCAGUCAGAACAAGCUGCAGACGGACCUGUGCAGCACGUCGCCAGCAGAACAGAGAGAGGCAGGUCUGCUGUGUCUUGGCAGGAGCCUUUUUAUCCUCACUGCUUCAGUAAACCAUGAGGGCAACUACUCGUGCUCACAAAGGAAUGUGAGCGGCCAGUCCUGGUUCAGCCUGACCGUGUACAACACACUAAACAGAGACCUGGAGGACAGGAUUCAGUACUCGCAGACGUGUUACACGCAAGAGUCCUGCAAUUUGUACUGUCCAGACGUGAACAUCCCGGAUAAUCCCAGUUUUACUUCCGAUGGCGUUAUAUGGCGCAAGGACGGGUCGACGCAGGAAAUUGACGGUUACUUCUCAAGAGGAGAGGUCGCAGAACCGGGUCUCUACAUUUGCACCAGGCCUUACCUGUAUGACGGUCAAAUCUACAAUAUGAGCUUCAUGGUGGUAGUGGACAUCCAGCCUAGUCAGUCAAACGAGGACCAACAAAUUGUAAUAUCCUCCCCGCGGCCAAAUGAAGUCAUUUUUGUGGAUGUCGGCUCACCGGCUGCGAUUAAAUGCGAAGCUGUCGUUUAUUCAGUCCACAGUUUAUUGUUUUGGCUGAGCGGGGACACACUGGUGGAAAGUAAUGACUCCUUCCCUGUAUUCAGCAAUUUCACACGCAAAAAGAUGUUUGAAGGAGAAAACCAAACAGUGUAUCUGGUAUUCAAAGAAGUCACGGAGGAUAAUCUAUUGACUAAUUACACGUGUAAAGUGCAAAACAACUUGGGAAGCUUAAGCUUUGUCACCGUCAUCUUGGCCAAAAGAGUUCGACCUUUCCACAUUUCUAUGGAAAUCUGCUCUUUGGUCAUCGUGGCAGUCACGGCUGCAGUUGUUGUUGUUAUCUAUGUCCAGUUCAAAAUUGAAAUCACUCUCUUCCUGCGAGAUACUCUGGGCUGCCACCGAAGAACCGCCGAUGGGAAGAUUUAUGAUGUGUUUCUGAUGAGUUAUAAGAGCAAUGGAGUCACGGGACUGAAUCCAUGUGAUAUAAAGUGGCUGAUGAAUGUUCUGGAAGAGAAUUUGGGUUAUAAACUCUGCUUCUACGAUCGUGACGUGCAACCAGGAAAAGCUGUGUCCGAGGCGUUGCUGGACUGCAUAGAACAAAGCCGAUCGGUGGUCCUGGUCCCUUCCCCUGCGGCUCCAAGUCUGGAGUCUGGAUUGUUGAGUACCAUCCAUGCGGCCCUAGUGGAACGGAAGACGAGUUUGGUUGUCAUCGAACCCGAGAGCGCGGAAGACGCUAAGGUUCCCGUCCCAGAAGCCAUCCAGCUCCUCGACAAGACCGGCCACUGUGUCAGAUGGGAGGGCUUGAACUCCCUCCUGCCUUCUUCUCCCUUCUGGAAGAAGCUCCGGUAUCACCUCCCGGCUGCAUGCACCGGAACCGAGUUUUUUGCCUUAGCUCAGCGUCUGUGUUAGCUUGUCCUCGACAGCCGCAGCCACGCUUAUCUCAAACCAGUAUUAUCCUUUGAAAUGACUUGAAAUUCUCCUAAUCUGAUCCAACUACCCAAAACCACCGCAAUUUUUUACUGAAGAAAAAUAGCAGUAUUGUAUAAUAUACAUCUAAACAAGAUAGUAAUCAUAUAAAAUAGGGGUGGUUGUGAGUGGUUGUUCCAUCCAAUGCCACAAUUCACAAACGUACUGUAAAAAAAUGAAAAGAAGCCACUGGUUUCUUUUAGGCAGCACACGGAAUUUUCUCUAACAACGACUGGUACUCUGCCACACUCUCUUUUUCCUAGUUUACCCCCCCCCCCUCCUCACUAUUAAAGACAUACACUCAUAAUUACAAAUGUUACAGUACUCACACAGCCCAUCAAUGUGUUUUAUAAUGACAGUGUGCACCGCCGCUGCUUUAGUUAGCAACACAGUCUGGGCAAUGUAGAGCAAAGACAAGCUAGGCGUGCUGCUUAUGUUUACUUUCGAUAUUAAUGGAGAAAGUUAAAGAAGAAAUGCUGUUUUUUUUUUUUUUAAAGAUGCAAUGACUGUCAAAAUAUGUGAAUAAUUGAAGAAAAAUUGUUUAAACUGGUCAAGAUUUUCUCUUUUCCGAGUGGGAAUGGUCUGGUCUGAAGCCAACGUAGAAAG